AUGCCGCCGCCACAGCUGCAGGCGGGGACCGGCUCAGCACACUCCCCGACGAUGUCCUCGUCCUCAUCCUCCUCAAGCUCAGCACCCGCGCUCCCGCCCAGACCCGCGUCCUCUCCCACCGCUGGCGCCGCCCAGACCCGCGUCCUCUCCAACCACAUCUGGGCUCUCCUCCCGGUGCUCAAGUUCUCUUUUCCCAAUGAGCCCCACCUGUUGCGCGACGUCCUCGACGCCCAUGAGGUGCUCGUCCGCGCUCCCUUGGUCCGGGCCGAUGGUGCCACCCCUGAGUCUCUGACGGUCUGGCUCCCCGCCGCCGCACGCCGCGUCUCCGGUGACCUAACCAUUUUCAGCCAUGGUCCGGUGAAAGAUGAAGAGGAAGAACAGACCGCGCAAAGAGGCGCCUUUGAGUUCCCCUGCUUUGAGAAGGCCACCUCGAUCUCGCUCUCCUUGUCUUUUCAGGGCCUCGCCGUGCCUCCCACCGGUGUCUUCACUCGGCUCACAGAGCUCUACCUGAGCCACGUCUAG